UUUUCACAAGUAUCGUAACCACAUUCGACUAAAAUACUACAGACUACAUGAUUUAAUAUUUUCCUCCUUGUGUUUGUUGUUUGAAAAUCCAUGUUGUUUGGAGUGGAGGAACAAUAAGCGAAAUUUACCACGAAAAUCUCUAUCCUAAACGCGUAAUCGAGUAAUGUAUACAUUUGCAAAGCAGUAAAUUAACUGAUACGCAUUUGUUAUACAAGUAUCAACUACGACGCGCAUGUAUAUAAAUCCCAUUUUGGAGAGAAGACAUUAUAUGAGAAAGAUUAUUUUAAUGUAUAAUUAACAACUAAGAUUAUGGCGUCAGGUUUGGAAAGUUAUGUAAAUCAUACUGUUUCCAUAAUCACUUCAGAUGGUAGAAAUUUCAUCGGAACGUUGAAGGGUUUUGACCAAACAAUUAAUAUAAUAUUAGACGAGUCUCAUGAACGUGUGUAUAGUACAACUCAAGGUGUAGAGCAAGUAGUAUUAGGUUUACAUAUUAUCAGAGGUGAUAAUGUGGCAAUUGUAGGAGAAUUGGAUGACGAGAUGGAUGCACGUUUAGAUCUAUCAGCUAUAAGAGCUGAUCCUUUAAGUUCUAUUGUACAUUGAUGAAAAAAGAUUACAAUUAUAAUUAUUUUUGCUUACAAAUAAUAGUAUAACUAAAUAAUAUCAAUAACAACAAUAAUAAUUAAAUAAGAAUUUGCAACAAUGAAUUAUAAUCAAACGAAAGUACAAUUUCUUACAUGGAUUGUAUAUUGUAUAAAUUUUAUCAUUUUUUAUAUCCAUAUUUAAAAUAUUUGCGUUUUGAACAAAGUGCAAUGGAUAAAUACAACCAUUGUUUACAACAUUACAGAUAAUAGUAGAAAGACAUACUAGAAUUAAUAAUUAAAUUGUACAAAAAAGUUUCACUGUGUGAUAGUAAACUAUAUUUUUUACAAAUGUAAUUUUCAUUUUUUAACUUUCUAGGAGUAAUAAUAAAGAAAAAUAUGAACAGGUCAACAUUGAAUAAUAAGUGAACAAUUCUUUAAAUUGAAAUAUAUACUCUGUUUCUAAUAUUAUUUCUCAAAAAGGAAGUAUUUCUUAAUCUGCGUUUUAGCAGAAAGAUGUAUUUAAUAUUAAUACAUGGAACAUAUGGUAGCCAUCACGGAUAAAUGUAAUUAUAGAGUAAAAAUGUUACUAAUAGUGUAAAACCUAGAUUAUGA